AGGCUAUGGUGCAUACGUAGGAUUUCCGUGCGCCUAGCACCAACAGCUGGUUGAUCAGGCCAUCCACCAGGUCGCCAGAGCGUCGACUCCGAAACAAUCCUGGGUGGCGUUGGUGUCUGAUGCCGUGGGUGUAGGAGAUACGCUCGCGGGGAGCUACCACGCGCUGGCUGGCUCAGGUACUGACAGGUAGUACUAGGGUGAUACAUGGUGGCUUCCUCAGGUACCGACAGGUAGUACUAGGGUGGUGUACAGUAGCUGACUCAGGCGUUGACAGUACUAGAUUGGUAUAUACUGGCUGGCUCGGGUACUGAUAGGUAGUACUAGGGGUGGUAUAUUGUGGUUGGCUCAGGUACUGACAGGUAGUACUAGGGCAGUAUAUACUGGCUGACUCAGGUACUGACAGGUAGUACUAGGAUGGUUCGUGGUGCCUGGUUUAAGGGCACGUAAGUUCCCUCGUCUUCUAAUGUUCAUUUUUCCACUAUAAUCUACCUUGUCCAUAAUAAUUAUCUCAUUUGCUUUGUCCGUUUCGUAAGGUGAAGUCUAGGAUCUUUCUUUAAUUCAUGGUAUAACUUAACAAAUCUUUGAGGACAAUUGUGUUGCAGAAGUCUGAGCAAAGCUCAGAUCUCUGCAACACACCUGCAACAGACCUCUGCAACGCAGUAGUCCUCAAAGAUUUGUUAAGUUAUACUAUGUAUUAAAGAGAGAUCCUGGACUUCACCUUAGAAAACAGACAAAGUAAAUGCGAUAAUAAUUAUGUGUGAUGAGUGGUUUUGAAAACCGACAAGUUGAAGAAUUGAGACACUUAUGCAACACAUAGGAAUCUUUCUUCAAUAAUUAUGUACGAGGUAGAUUAUAGUGAAAAAAUGAACGUCAUUAGAAGACGGAGUCACUUGCCUCUUAAGUACAUGAAGAACGUUCUCUCAUACUCUUAAUCAUUAAAAAUUAAUAAAACUAAGAGAAAUAUAUAAGAUACAUAUUGCAGGAGGGAUACAUGUAAUGUCUGGUGUAUUACCCAAACCAGGCUGCUUCUCCACUUUACAAGUUGCAUCACAUAAAGUCGCCUCGUUAUUGAAGGUGUUAUGCCAUGGUGGUUCAAUGAGAUUGUGAAUAUAUGUAAAUGUUUAGGUUUCAUGUAUGUUUUAUUGGCACGGUUAGUUGGCACUCUUUGUAAGCAUUGUUAGCUUAGUGUACAAGAUACAAGAGGUGAACAUCAAGGUACCAAGAGGACAACUCUGCUCACACUGCAUCAGCGCCUCGUCUCGUCAAGAUGGCCAGCUUGACGGAUUUACCAACAACAGAAGUAUGGGGUGUUUCGGGAGCAAGGAGAAGCUGUCUAAGGAGGACUUGGAGUUUCUUAAGACACACACCAGAUACGACGAGCAGAUGAUCAAGGAGUGGUACAAAGGUUUUAGGCAAGACUGCCCGAGCGGCCGCCUCACACCAGACAAGUUCGUCGACAUGUACAAAAUGUUCUUCCCAUCAGGCAACGCGGAGGAGUUCUGUGACCACGUCUUCAGAACCUUCGACAUGGACAAGAACGGCUAUAUCGAUUUUAAGGAGUUCCUGCUGGCCAUCGACGUGACGAGCGCGGGCACCCCGGAGGAGAAGCUCAAGUGGGCCUUCCGUAUGUACGAUGUUGAUGGUAACGGUGUCAUCGAUGUCUCUGAGAUGACCAAGAUCGUCCAGGCCAUCUACGACAUGCUUGGCACCAAUUCUGCUAGUCGUCCAGCUGACAGUGCAGAAGAGCGAGCAAAAGCCAUUUUCUCAAAAAUGGAUGAAAACAAUGAUGGCAACCUAACUCAGGAAGAGUUCCUGAAAGGUUGCUUGCUAGACGAAGAACUCUCCAAGAUGCUUACACCAGGAGCCUAAUCUACUAAUUUUACCUGAGGAUAAUAUUCAUACAACAUCAUAGACUAGCAUGAAGCUACUACACUGGUGGCCAAUCAAGGAGAUGGUAGACAGCCUUCAUUACAAACAAUAACCAUUAGUAUCAAUAGGAGAAUUAGCAAGUUUUUAGCCAUCUUGUGACAAACACCAAAGAUUCAAUGUUCACCAUGUCGUCAGCCAAUGUAUGGUCCAUACUAACAGUUAGGAAAUUGAGCUGGUCUGAGCACUAGUCUUACACAAGUCAUUAUCAUCGGAGCUGUUGACACUCCUUUGGGUUAGCUAUGAAAUGUUUGGGAAGUAAUAGGAACACAUGUUGUGAUAGUUGUGGUGUAUGUAUGAGACAGAGUGGCUAUUGAAGUGAAAGGUACCAAGAGAGAUAAUAGACCAGCUUUCCCAUAAAUAUUUCAUAUAUCAAUAUUUCCAUGCAUUUUGGUAUCAGGGUGAUAAUGUUUGUAUAUUUUCUCUUUAGAUUCUCCUAGGAACAUUUUCUUAACAUGAUCAUAAACAAAAAAUGUGAUCUGGCUCUGUAUGUUUGUUAACAGAAAAUUAAUUUACAUGUUCUAAUGUUUAUAUUACAAGUGAGGUUUUUUUAUUUUUCAAUAAAUAGGUAAAUUACAGACUCUCGCAUACGUACACAUAUGAACUAAACACUGAAGACUGAAUAUUAUGAGCAUAGCUCUGCUUCUGUAACUACAAAUAGGUAAUCACAAAAUAGGUUCUCUCUCUUUUUCUCACAUGCACAUACCUUCACAAAAGGGUAAUGUCUCCCAAACAUAUACAUGCAUGCAUGUGCACACACAUACAAAUAUACAUGUACACAUACAAAAACACUAAUAAUAAUAAAAUGCAAAUAAAUGUUAGCAUACAGUAGCACGGGGUGCAGUUUAGUGAAAAAUACAUGAACAAUAGCAGUGACUGUAGAAGUUUUGUCAGUGAUUGUAGGUUGUAGAUUAUGUAGAAAUUCUUCCUUAAUUGUUAGUUGUGAGGUUUCAUUGAGUGCACAGAAAUAAGAUAUACCGAACCCUUUUGUCUGGUGUACAAGAAAAGUUACUUGCUAUCAUGUACUUUCCAGAUUGUUAAUUGUGAUAGGGUCAGCAACAAAAAAAAGCAUUCGGUGAGAAAUAAUUUUUGGUCAAUUUUAGCUAAAUAAUUUGUAAUUUAAAAGUUGCUGGCUUACUCACAGCUUGUGGUUUGAACACUGACCAUUUAUAGUACUAAGAAUAAAUGAACUGUUAUAGGCCCAUACAACGAUCUGACAUUUAAUUUUUGUAUUAAUUUGUCAUAAAUCUUUGUCAGUAAAUAUUUCUACAUUUCUGAUGGUAUAUGCACUCAUUAAGGCUUCUGUUACUGUGACUAGAUUAAAAAUAACGUACUGGCCCAAUGGAGGUGGUUUUUCAAGGUAAAUUUUCUUAGUGUUGAUAGGAAAGUACUGUAUGUCGUUUCGAAUACUUAAACAUAGAAGUACAGAUUUGUUGAUUGUAUCAUUGCUGAGUGCUGAAGGCCACAUUGAAAUCUUCAACAAUUUUGUUUCCCCUAAGCUCUAUAUGAGAGGCAGUGACCAACUGUAUAUAGCCACUAGCAACCAUAAUUAUCUUUGCAUCCUCAGCCUAGCAAUUUUACCUCUACCUAGGACAACUUGACUCUCCUCUGAAGUACUUUGUACAGUACUGUCUCCAUCAAAUUAGGGGAUCAUGGUGAAUAGAGCACUGGCAGGAGUCCACUUACAGUAACACAAUUUUUUUACGUAUAUUUUACCAUAUUAGAAUUUAAAUGGACAUUACAUGGCAAAUCUCCCAUAAAUCUAUGAAUCAAAUGAAAAUGCUGCAUACUGUAAAUAUAUAUACAGGAAUAUAGGUUACAAUUUAUUUCUAGGAGUCAGUGUGACCUGUUGUGAUUUUUUUGGAUACUAGUUCAAUGAAGGAAGAAGUAUUUAUAACCAACAGUUAUAUUAGGAUAAUUACAAAUGAUAAAGUAAUUAUCUAGUUAAUAGAAAUUUUAAUAUUAUAUUAGCCUAAGAGGCAACUUACCUAUAGUUAACCAUAUUGAUAUAAUAUUCCAGUUAUACAUAUACCGAUAUUUCUUCUACAGUGUAUGUUCACUUAUUUACAUAUGUAGCAUGGUAAUAUUUUGGGCAUUUACUACUCUUGAGGCCAUAAAAGAAAAGAACGUUCUCAACAGUUCAAGGACAGCUUGGCAUGUCAUAAUGUUACGUUAAACCGACAUAAACACACUUUCAUCCCUUAUCCACCAAACCUUUUGACAGUUCUUUGGCAUGAGAGUACAGGUACAGCUACACAGGAAAAUUACACUCACUCUUCAGCUGUGGUCCCUGCUGCCCUCAUUUAAUAAACUUCUUGUAAUGUUAGCUGCUUAUGUAGCCUGUGACUUACCUUUGACUAGUUUUGGGUAUUCCCACAGCCUGUCCUGUGGUUAGAUUUCCCUGGUUGAAUAAGGAUCACCACAGUUGGAGCUUUAAUGUAUUUAGUUAAAUUUGAUUGUAUGCUUUCGUGGUCACAUAGCUAAAUUUUUACAGUGAUAGCAUUUCACCCCCCAAAAAAAUCAUUGCCUUCACUAUUUACAUAAAAGGUUUUUCUAAUGCUUCAUUGUAUUGUAUUGUAUUGCAUAAAAUACAGUACUUGUUCCAAUUUGUAAAAACUUUAUACAGGUGCGUGUUUAUUGUAAUGCUAAAUUUUUUUUAGCAGUCUGCUUGUAGGUUUUACAACUUAAAUAACACAAGCAUUUCAAACAAAAUUAUAUUUUAUAACAUAGUGCACGCUGUCAGUCCAAAUAAGAAAAUACAGUAAUCUGUAUUUAACGUAAAGAUAUGAAUUUAUACAGUAAUGUGUCAUAAAAUGCAACGAAGUGCAUAUUUUUUGAUUGUUGUAUGUACAAAAGCAUACACUAUUUUAUUUUUUAGUUUGCAUUUACAGUAUAUAUUUGUGUUUAAAGAUAGCUCAGAAAGAAAAGACACCUCUUAAAUAUCACCAGAAAAUGUAUUUGAGAAAUUAUACCUUGUAGUGCAGCUGUUAGCACACUUGAGGGGACAUGGGAUCGAACCCUCCACUAUGAGGCAAGAGAUAUAUUGGCAGAUCUCCUCUUGCUUGUUAUAUGCAGAAAAUAUAUACCUGGGAGUCAGAUGAAUGUUGUGGGUUGCAUCCUAGAGGAGGAUUAAAAAAGGACUUGAUUGAAGUAAGAUGUAUUGAUUGACUUUAUUGAGUUAUCAUAGAUUACUGUCCCUUCAGGUUUAAUAAUCAGAAUAAAGUUUUCUUCUUGCACUGUACCUUAAUUUAAAUAAUAAAUUUGUUGGAUAAUAGAAUGUGGACUGAAACUGUGUAAAUUCUUUGCCAUUUGUGUUUUAACUUCUUUUAAACAUCUCUGGCAGCAGUGGUAAGUGGGUCUGGCUUGAUACACAACUCUGGUCACAAUAUUUUAUGUAUUAAGAAUUCGGAAGUACAGUAAUUGUAAAUUACAUACUUCAACUGUGGUAGUUAAUGCUCCUAGCUUUUGGCAUCACUGUGAAAUGUGUCACAGAGGAAAGCUUUACAGGUUUUGUGCUAUGCAGCUAUUGUUAUUAAUAUUUAAAAAUAACAGCAUUUGACUGUGAGGGUG